AUGUACUCUCCAGUGUUCAACUAUCUUGACGGUGACUUCAUCCUGCGCUCCGAUUGUCCCUACGAUGAUAAACUCGUCUGCUCUUCGAAAUCGGUGGACUUCCGCAUCCACCACUGCAUUCUGUCAGCCGCAUCCCAACUCUUCGAGGGGAUGCUGUCCCUCCCACAACCAGAGUCCGCCAGCGACACCAUAAUCCCCAUCAUACCGUUCCCGGAGCCGGCCUCGGUCCUGGAGACCCUCCUACGCUAUAUCUACCCAGUGGAGGCUCCAGUGAUUCGAAGCUUGGAGCAGCUCGCCCCCGCGCUCGAGGCCGCCCGGAAGUACGACUUCGCGGUUGCCAUCGAAGGCCUUCGUCGCCGCCUUAUUGCGCCCGAGUUCUUGGAAGCAUAUCCGCUCCGAGUCUACGGGCUUGCCACCCAAUACGAGCUCGCCGAAGAAGCUGCGAUCGCGUCCAGAGCGCUGCUGAACACCCCACUCUCCGCCCAAGAGCCACAUGAAGACCUGAAGCACAUCACCGCGUACGACUACCACCGACUCGUCGUCCUCCGCGAGAUGCGCGCCCGUGCUGCGAUCGCGCUCCUCACGCCUCCUCGCGAUUUGAAGUGCAUGCAGUGCAACGGGCGGUGGGACAAGGCGCGCGAGCCGCCACGGUGGUGGGCGGACUACCGAGAGCGGGCGAAGGAGGAGCUGCGCGUGCGGCCGACGUCCGCCGUCAUCUUCACGCUACCAUUCCUGCAGCAAUCAGCCCAGGUGGGGUGUACGGGUUGUGCGGCGAGCAUCCUGUGUUCGUCGUGGUUCUUCGCGCAGCUUCGACAGAACAUAGACGACCUUCCCGCGACCAUCUAG